CACGUACACAAGAAGCUGGUCCGUCCUGAUUGGCCGACGGCGCAGCCCCUCGCCUGGAGCGCCGCUCGCUGAUACAGCAUUCAGUGAGUAGACACCAGCCAGGCGACAUGUGCAGCGAAGGCGCCUGGCCGAAGGACGCGCCGUCCGUCACAGCCGCCAUAGACCACUACAGGCUACAGCUGUACAACUAUGCCGUCGCCGAGCGGCUUAGGCUGUAUCCUCCGUCACCCUGCUACGGGCCGUACGCGCCGCGGCUGGCUCUGUCCAUGUCUUUACUCCAACAACGCGCCCUGCAGCCGGAGGAACCGAAACCGCAGCACAGUUACAUAGGACUCAUCGCGAUGGCGAUACUCAGCUCGCCGGACCGCAAACUGGUGCUGUCCGACAUUUACCAACACAUCCUGGACAACUACCCGUACUUCCGCUCCCGUGGACCGGGCUGGCGGAACUCCAUCAGACACAACCUGUCGCUGAACGACUGUUUCGUUAAGGCCGGCAGGUCCGCCAACGGAAAGGGCCACUAUUGGGCGAUACAUCCGGCGAAUAUAGAGGAUUUCAGGAAGGGGGAUUUCAGGAGGCGUAAAGCUCAGAGGAAGGUCAGGAAGCAUAUGGGGCUGGCUGUGGAUGAUGACGGCGAGGACUCGCCCUCGCCGCCGCCGCAGUCUCCGCCGCCGACAGCACUGCCGAUACCGUUCUGGGGCGCCGGCAGACUGCCCGGAGGAGUCCAACCCAGGAAACGACAGUUCGACGUCGCUUCAUUGCUCGCACCGGACGACGCUCCCGAGAAACGAGCGAGACCAGACAGCAGCGAGGAGGAGAUAGAAGAAGAUAUAGACGUGGUGGCCAGCGACCAAGAAGAGAAUAGAGAGGAAGAGCCGAGGAUACCUCUGACGCCGGCGGCGCACUAUCCGUUACUGGGAGGCUGGUGGCCGGCGCUCGACCCGGCUCUACUUCAGCAACUGCGACGCCAGGCUGCUUCACCACCGUCCCCAAACCCACCUGACCACCAACGCCCUCCCGACACCUAAAUCCCACUAGAUUCUGUAUAAAUGUGAAUAGUGUACAAUCAGUAUUAAACGUAGUGAUGUGCUUCUAUAUACAACGCUUUUCUGAACUGUUUUUCGAACUGUCACUCUAUCAUCUAAACGUCACGAGUCAGAUGUCAUUACAUUUAAUAUGUACAUUUUUUUUUUAUAAUAAGACAGUGAUCGCUGUGUAGUGGAUGGAUAAUUAUUUUGGAAGUCUGAUAACGACCAACUGUAGAUAAUCUUACUAUUUGUAUAUAUAAGUCAUUAAUCAUUGUUAUAGAUUGUGGAUGUUUGUUUUAG